AUGCAAGUAGAGCUGAUUAACCAUAAGGAUGAAGAAUCAGAUAGUAGCACGCCCCCAACAAAAAGGGCCAAAAGCACCAAUUUGAAUAAGGGAACUUCUAAGAAGCCUACAAAAGCCAAAUUGACACCAUUAGAAUCACAAUUUAUCAGCUUGAAGCUGAAUCAUAGAGAUAAAUUAUUAGCUGUUCAGGUGGGUUAUAAGUUCAAAUUUUUUGCAGAUGAUGCAGCUAUAGCUUCUAAAAUUCUAAAUAUUAUGCUACUUCCAGGAACUACUAAAUUUGAAGAUCUUAAAAAUGGGAAAUUUGCAUAUUGUUCGAUUCCUGAUAACAGACUUCAUAUCCAUUUACAAAGAUUAUUAAAUUAUGGAUAUAAAGUUGCAGUAAUUAAACAAACGGAAUCUGCUGCAAUUAAGAACAUGGAAAGUUCGAAUAAAAGCGGUCUUUUUGAAAGAAAAAUCACUGGGGUGUAUACUAAAGCUACCUAUAUGGGUGAUGAGAUAAACACUGGUGAUCCAAACUUCUAUGUUAAAAACAGUGGUGAUGACGGCCAAUUGGGCGACUAUAUACUAUGCCUUGACGAACUGAAUGCCCCCCAGCAAAUUAGUAUUGUUGCAGUCCAGCCUUUAACGGGUGAUAUAAUACAUGAUACAUUUCGAGAUAAUAUAACUAGGGAUGAGCUAGAGACAAGAUUUGCGUAUAUCACACCAAGUGAAAUACUAGUUAUAAACAACCAGUCUAGUAUAUCUAAAGAAACUUUAAAAUGUAUCAAAUCUCUCAAUAAAGGAACGAUGAACAUUAUGCAUGUCAAAUGUCCUUCCGAUUUGGAAGAAGAAUUUGUCAAGUCUUUUGAAAAGAUAACUACUGAUGAUAAUGAUUUGAUUCAAUUAUCUCAAUAUUAUCAGGUAAACUUUUCUGCCUCAGUCCUAUCUUGCGUCUGUGAAUUGAUAAAGUAUUUGGAACAGUUUAAAUUGGCAAAUGUUUUCACAAUAACUUCUAAUGUUAAUAACUUUGUCAAUUCUCGUAAAUUCAUGCUAUUACCUAGUCAUACUUUGCAAGCAUUAGAAAUAUUCAGGAAUGAGACUGACCCAAGCUCGGAACAAGGUACAUUGGCUUGGUUAUUAAACCAUACGAGGACUAAAAUGGGUCAAAGAUUAUUAAAAAAAUGGAUAAGUAUGCCUUUAAUCAAUAUUGAUGCCAUAAACUCUAGAUUAGAUGCUAUAGAUGAUCUUACAUCUGAUUUUAAUCAUUUAAUAGAUGCAUUGAAGAACCAGUUAAAUUCAAUUGGUAAAGCAGGAUCGGACUUGGAGAAACUACUAAUAAAAGUUCACUAUUCAUCCACAUACAACAUGGAAAGAAUUACAAGAAAAGAUUUAUAUUUGAUGUUGAAAUGUUUCGAUGAAGUAUUUAGAAUGAUUAAAAAUUUCGGGGAAAAGCCUUUAUUGGAAUUGAAAGCUUCUGUCAAGUCUGAUCUUUUAAAAGGAAUAUUUGAAGAACUUUAUGAUUUAUCCAAAGAUGGUAAUCUUACUAAAUUCUUGAAGUUGAUCAACCCGAGUGAGGCAUUAAAUGACCGAAAUGUGACUGAUCAAAAAAUUGGAUUCUUUCAUUUAGGCCAGGAUCCGAUGACUGAUGAUAUUAGCAAAGAACUAGAGGAAAUAUCAAAAGUAGAACAAGACUUAAAUACCGAGUUACAAGAAAUAAGAAAGUUUUUGAAACGUCCCAAUUUAAGCUACGUUACAAAUUUAAAAGAAUCGCAUUUGAUUGAAGUUCGAAAUGGUAAGCAGGUCGAUUCAUUACCUAAAGACUGGAUAAAAAUCAGUGGAACGAAGUCUGUAUCAAGGUUUCGUAAUCCGACGAUAAUUGAAUUACAUAAAAGACUUCAAUAUCAUAAUGAACUUCUAUUGAAAAAUUGUGAUAUUGCAUUCAAUAAAUUUUUAGGAAUGAUAGAUAACCAUUACAGAUUUUUCAACCAGGCUGUUAAACAAUUAUCGAUUUUUGAUUGUCUAUUAUCAUUUACUGCAUCAUCCCUAAUGAACUCCAAUUAUGUCCGUCCUAAGAUUUUACCAGACGAACAAAGGAUUGAAAUAAAGAAAAGUAGAAAUCCAAUUAUUGAAAACUUACCUCAUAGUUAUUCUAAUUACGUUGCAAACGAUAUCAAUAUAUCGUAUCUGAAAGAAAGGGUGAUUAUCAUUACAGGACCAAAUAUGGGUGGGAAAUCAUCAUACGUUAAGCAAGUUGCAUUGCUAACGAUAAUGUGUCAAAUCGGGUGUUUUAUACCAUGUGAAUCAGCCGAAGUUGGAAUAUUUGAUUCUAUAUUUAUAAGAAUGGGUGCAUCCGAUAAUAUAUUAAAAGGAAAAUCAACCUUCAUGAUCGAAAUGUUAGAACUGGCAAAUAUAAUUUCAAACUUCACCGAUAAAUCAUUAAUUAUAUUAGAUGAAAUUGGAAGGGGUACUGGAACAAACGAUGGUAUUGCAAUAGCUUAUUCAAUUUUGAAAUAUUUAAUAGAAGACCCUAAGAAGCCUUUAACACUUUUCAUCACCCAUUACCCGUCAUUACACACAUUAGAAAAUGAUUAUCCGCAAGUAGUUGGGAAUUAUCAUAUGAAUUUCAUGGAAAAGGGGGUCAAGAAUGAAAAGGAAUGGCCUGAAAUUGUAUUUUUAUAUACAUUGGUGAAAGGGGUCGUAAGUAAUCUGUAUGGGUUGAAUGUUGCAAAAUUGGCUGGGAUUCCAACCGAUGUUAUCCAGCAAGCUUAUGAAGUUAGUGAAAGAUUGAAAUCGAUAGUUGAAAUGGAGAAUAUCAAUAAGUUUUCAUUAGAAUUUUGUAAAUUAAUUCAAAUGAUAAAGAAGAAUGAAGUUGAUGAAAACUACAUUACAGAUAAGUUAAUAGAAUUAUCGAGAUUAAAUAAAUUGUAA